AUGGCUGUACAAGUGGGGCUGUACAAGUGGGAGCUGUACAAGUGGGGCUGUACAAGUGGGAGCUGUACAAUGACAGCAUUCCUCCACUGUCAGCAUUCCCACCAGUGUCAGCAUUCCCCAGUGUCAGCAAUUCCCCAGUGUCAGCAUUCCCCAGUGUCAGCAUUCCCCAGUGUCAGCAUUCCCCAGUGUCAGCAUUCCCCAGUGUCAGCAUCCCCAGUGACAGCAUUCACCAGUGUCAGCAUUCCCCAGUGUCAGCAAUUCCCCAGUGACAGCAUUCCCCAGUGUCAGCAUCCCCCAGUGACAGCAUUCCACCAGUGUCAGCAUUCCCCCAGUGUCAGCAUUCCCCAGUGUCAGCAUUCCCCAGUGUCAGCAUUCCCCAGUGUCAGCAUUCCCCAGUGUCAGCAUUCCCCAGUGUCAGCAUCCCCAGUGACAGCAUUCCUCCACUGUCAGCAUUCCACCAGUGUCAGCAUUCCCCAGUGUCAGCAUUCCCCAGUGUCAGCAUUCCCCAGUGUCAGCAUUCCCCAGUGUCAGCAUUCCCCAGUGUCAGCAUCCCCCAGUGACAGCAUUCCACCAGUGUCAGCAUUCCACCAGUGUCAGCAUUCCCCAGUGUCAGCAAUUCCCCAGUGUCAGCAUUCCCAGUGUCAGCAUUCCCCAGUGUCAGCAUUCCCCCGUCAGCAUUCCCCAGUGACAGCAUUCCCCAGUGUCAGCAUUCCCCAGUGUCAGCAUUCCCCAGUGACAGCAUCCCCAGUGUCAGCAUUCCCCAGUGUCAGCAUUCCCCAGUGUCAGCAUUCCCCAGUGUCAGCAUUCCCCAGUGUCAGCAUUCCCCAGUGUCAGCAUUCCCCAGUGUCAGCAUUCCCCAGUGUCAGCAUCCCCAGUGACAGCAUUCCACCAGUGUCAGCAUUCCACCAGUGUCAGCAUUCCCCCAGUGUCAGCAAUUCCCCCAGUGUCAGCAUUCCCCAGUGUCAGCAUUCCCCCAGUGUCAGCAUUCCCCCAGUGACAGCAUUCCCCAGUGUCAGCAUUUCCCCCAGUGACAGCAUCCCCCCACUGUCAGCAUUCCUCCAGUGUCAGCAUCUUCCCCACACUUCCAUAAUUAUGCAAUCAGCCAAACGUCAGUCAGGCAAGAGUCAGCAGGAGUGA